AUGGCCCGGGUGGAGCAGAUAGUGGAGGCUGUUGCGCAGGCGAUUCAGACCAACAGUGAGUCUGUGAAACAGCACUUCCAGGAUGUUGUGAAGCAGAUCAACACCCAUAUUCAGAGUGCUGCGAAAGAGAACAACAAUUUGGAGAACGAGGCUGGUAUUCGUCAGAAAACGGCAAUCAUGGCUCGCCGUGUGAUGUCGCUGAUGCUGCUGGCCGCAGCUGUGGCCGCGCUUUGCCGCAGCACGGCCUUCUUGGCUGCCCCAAAGGACCUGCCUCGUGCCGACGUCCUGGCAGCUUUGGCACCCAUGGUGAUGGUUCAGCCUGCCUUUGCUGAAGCGGAGCUGCCGUACAACGGCGACUUCGAUACCCCCAAGUACUACGAGGAGUCGACCUCGUCCGACCUGACAUACCUGCUCUUCUUCACGGCCGCGACUCUCGUUUACAUGGGCAAGACUGCCUUCGACAAGAGCGGUGCCAAGAGCUUGGGCGACGCAGUGAGCAAGUGA